AUAUGUGGUCUUGUAAGUGGAAACCCAUUUGAGUUCAAGACCCAACCCAACCGGGUUUUUCUUAAUCUCUUCGUCUCUCUCCCAACACCAUAAAAAUAAAAGAGAGAGAGAGAGAGAGGAAGAAGAAGAAGAAGGGAACAUGAGAGAGAACACAAGUGAAGAGGGAAGCAGUUCUUCAAAGCAGCCACCGGUUUUGAAGAUGAUAGAUUCAUGUCUGAGGCUAAGUGUGGUUCCCUUGAGUGUUGCAACUGUUUGGUUGACUGUCACUAACCACCAAGACAACCCUGACUAUGGCAACCUGGAUUACACCAAUCUAUUUGGUCUCAAGUACAUGGCAGGUGUGAGUGCCGUAUGUGCUGCUUAUGCUGUGGUUUCCUGUAUCUCUUCAUGGGUCAUUUGCUUUGUCUCCAGAUCUUGGCUCUUCUUUCUCUCUGACCAGGUUUUAGCUUAUUUGACAGUAACAUCAAUGGCGGCGGCAUCGGAGAUAACAUACUUGGCAUACAAAGGGGACCGACAAGUGACGUGGAGCGAGGUUUGCUCUUCUUAUGCCGGCUUCUGUUCCAAGCUCGCCGUCGCUUUGGGGCUUCACGCCUUCGUCGUCGUCUUCUUCUUCCUUCUGUCCGCCAUUUCUGCUUACAGAAUUUUCAAAACCUUCGAACCUCCCCAUCUUAGUUAGUGAUUAAUACAAGUGUGUUUUUUUUUACUUCGGAGCGUUAAAGUUUGUAAUAAAAGUUGAUUAUUAUAUAGGGAAAUUCCCAAAAAAAUCA